AUGACAUCUGCCACGAAAGAGUUUGAACAUCUUAAAAUCCAUCUAGAAGAGUUAAAGAAAGCCACCAAUAGUUUUGGUAGCAAAGUUAUAGGAGCUGGUGGCUUUGGGAAAGUUUACAAAGGAGAAGUCUCUCACUCAAAGGGGAGAAGCAUGGUUGCUAUUAAACGUCUAAAUCGUGAAUAUGGGCAAGGAGAUCCUGAGUUCUGGAAGGAAAUUAUGAUGCUUUCCCGUUACACACAUAAUAAUCUCAUCUCUCUCCUCGGAUUUUGUGACGAAAAUGGUGAGAAGAUCAUUGUGUAUGAGUAUGCAUCUAAUGGAAGCCUAGAUCGUCAUUUAAGCUCCACCGCUCUCACGUGGACACAACGUCUCAAGAUAUACCUCGAUGCUGCAAGGGGGAUGUUAGGCCCUAAAGUGUGA